CGGCUGCAACAACAGCUGCAGCAGCGGGCAGGGGUCAUGGCCGAGGCCCUGAGACCCCCGCGCAGGCCCAAGGCCAGGGCCAAGCCCAGCCCCAGUAAGAGCAAGGAAAAGAAGAAACAUAGCAAAGAAGAUCCCGAUGAAGUUUUCCUUCCCGAUACUUCGAGACACCGGGAAACGCCUCCUCUGGCUAGUGAAGAUCAAGCGAAAUGUCAUCAAGGGCUCUCCAUCCCCCAGUCCCAGGGGGCAACUGAUGCCCCGGACCCGAAUGAAAUGUAUGACGUGUCUUUGACUUCUUUGACUUUAGAAGGCGAAGACCUCCCGACGUCCAGCCCAGAGAUGAUAACUUCAGGGGAGGAAGUCAAGGCCCAUCGUCCGUAUGAAGACGCAGAGCCAAAGGAUAUCCCCAGGGAAGAGAUCCCAUCCCAAGUAGAUACCUCCCAGGGCUUUACGCUCCAAAUAGCCAAAUAUGGACUCUCAGAAAGCACGUUUGAAUCCGGCUCUUCUUGCCCCAGGCAGGUAGCCCAAGUUUGCCAGAGUAGCGGAAAUAUCAAGCCCUCCGCCGGCCCGCCUUCCGCCACAGUGCGACAGGUCGGCACUCAGAGCGGUCCCAUUGCCAGAGAGGGGGUUCGGCCACCCACAUGUCGAAAGCUGUACCCCGAAUUGCCGGCCGCGUUUUCCGGAGAGAGACCAGACCUGGUGGCCGUGAAACCCGUCCUGCAUGGUGAGAGACUCUAUCCGGUACUCCCCAGCUACCCCGAGCUGGUGCCCUUCACCAAGGAAGAGUUAAAGAUCUUCGAGCCGUGCUCGUGGCUGGAAAACAUUGAGUCGUACUUGGAAGAGUUUGACAGCGUGGCCCACCAGGACCAGCAUGAGUUCUACGAGUUGCUGUUGAACUAUUUGCGAUGCCGGAAACGGCUGCUGCUGGCCGAAGCUGAACUGCUCACCUUAACGUCCGACUGCCAAAAUAUCGAAAACCGGCUGUGGCACUUCAAGGAGGAACAGUUGACUGUGCAGGGUGUUUGUGCAGAUCAGGUGAAAGUCACAGGAUAUCACCGUUUCCAGACAGUAGAGAUGAAUGAAAAUGCACUGGCAGAGCUAAAGAAGUCAUUUGAGGCCAAAUCCGAACAUCUACAUCAGACCUUGUCCCUGCAUUCCUACACUUCCGUGUUGUCCCGCCUGCAGGUCGAGUCUUACAUGUAUGGAUUGCUCAAUAGCUCAGCUGUUCUGAGAGCUUUAGCAGUUCAUCAGCAAGGUCGAGCUUCUAAACAGACAGAAAGCCUACCGUCAGAUUUGUUUCAACUGAAAGAGUGCAUUAGUGUUCUGUUCAUGUUCACUCGGAGGGUUAUAGAAGACGUUCAAUUCCAGGAGGAUCUUCUUCUCUGGCUUCAGAAAUUGAUCUCAGUGUUACAAACAGCCGGCUGUCCUGGAGAUCACCUCUUCCUUUUAAACCACAUCCUCCGCUGUCCGGCUGGUAUCAGUAAAUGGGCCAUACCAUUUAUUCAGAUCAAAGUCUUGGAUAACUCAUCAGGUGUCUUUCACUUUAUGCAGUCUCUUGCCUUGCUUAUGUCUCCUGUCAAAAAUCGAGCAGAAUUUAUGUGCCACAUGAAACCAAAUGAAAGAAUGUCUUCGUCAUCUGGGCCUGACUCUGGGAACUGGACAUUAGUAGAUGAAGGAGGAGAAGAGGAUGAAGAUCCUGAGACAAGCUGGAUGCUCCUAAAUGAAGAUGAUUUGGUUGUCCUUUUGUCCCAAUUUCCAUUCCAUGAACUCUUUCAACAUUUUCUCGGGAUUAAAGCGAAAGGUGACUAUGUGCCUGAAGCAACAAGACCUCAAGAAAUGAUGAAAAUUUUUGCAUUUGCUAACUCAUUGGUGGAACUUCUGGCGGUGGGCCUAGAAACCUUUAAUAGAGCGCGCUACAGGCAGUUUGUGAAACGAAUUGGCCAUAUGAUCAGGAUGACGCUUUGUUACGUGAGUGACCACUGGGCCCAGUAUGUUAGCCACAACCAAGGCUACGGGGCCAUUAUGCAGCCUUAUUCAGUGGAGAAGCUGCAGGUUGAAUUUGACGAGCUUUUUCUCAGGGCUGUCCUGCAAGUCUUCAAAGCUAAGAGGCUGGGCAUCUGGCUGUUUAUGUCAGAGAUGCCCUAUGGCACUUUAUCUACCCAGAUGCUUUGGAAACUCUUUUUCGUCAUGCACUCUGCCGAGAGUGAGAACCUGGAGAAACUCUGCACCACCGUCCCAGCUGCUGAGUGCAAGCAGCGACUCCAAGACCCAGAUCAUCUUGUGAGUUUGGAGAAGUCUCUUUCCGCUAUGAACAGCUCUGAAGAAAUUUGUCUGCUCACUACAUUUGCCCAGAUGGCACAAGCCAGAAAGACCAAUGUGGAUGAAGAUUUCAUCAAAGUCAUCGUGUUGGAGAUAUAUGAGGUGUCCUACGUUGGCCUUUCCACCAGAGAGACCUUUUCCAAGAUUGGUCGGGAGCUCUUAGGAUCCAUCACUGCUGUUCAUCCCGAGAUCAUUUCCGUCCUUUUGGAAAGAGUUAGAGAUACCAUUGACCAAGUUGGGAUGGUUUCCUUGUACUUGUUUAAAGAACUCCCGUUAUAUCUGUGGCGACCGUCUUCCUCAGAGAUUGCGGUGAUUCGGGACUGGUUACUGAAUUACCCCCUGACAACGGUGAAGAAUAAAUUGGCAUGUGUCAUCUUAGAAGGACUCAACUGGGGAUUUGGUGAACAGGAUGUCCUUCAUCUGAACCAAGCCGUUCAUUCUGAAGUGGCAUUGAUGGUUCUUGAAGCCUACCAAAAGUACCUUUCUCAAAAGCCAUAUGCCGGCCUACUUUCCGAAAGCAUUAAACAGGUCUCAUACUUGGCCAGCAUUGUGCGUUAUGGAGAGACGCCCGAGACCUCAUUCAACCAGUGGGCCUGGAGCCUGAUCCUGAGGUUGAAGAUGCACAAAAAUGAUUAUGGGAUGCAGCAGAAUUGCCCAGCCGUCCCCUUCUCCAGCGCUGUACCCGACAUGUCGGAGUCAUCCUUGUUCCAUCCCCUCCUGAAGGCUGUCAAAUCAGGCCUGCCCAUUGGGUGCUAUCUGGCCCUCUCAAUGACCACUGUGGGACAUAGCAUUGAGAAGUUCUGUGCCGAAGGCAUCCCACUAUUGGGGAUUCUGGUCCAGUCGAGGCAUCUGAGAACAGUCGUCCACACCCUGGAUAAAAUUCUGCCUUUGUUCUACUCUUGCCAGUAUUACUUGUUGAAGAAUGAACUGUUUUUAUCAUUCCUCCAGCUGUUCCUGCACCUGGAUAGUGGAGUUCCUCAGGGGGUGACACAACAGGUCACACACAAAGUGGCCCAGCACUUAACAGGAGCCAGUUACGGAGAAAACGUGAAACUGCUCAACAGCAUGAUCCAGAAUCACAUUGCCACAAGCACUCAGCCCAAUGAAGUGGGUCCCGUGGCUGUGCUGGAGUUCUGGGUCCAAGCCCUUACGAGCCAGCAGUUGUGGCACCGUGAGCAGCCCGUCCUCUUCCUGAUGGAUCACCUGUGCCAGGCAGCUUUCAAAUACAUGCAAGAGGAUUGUGUGCAGAAAAUAUUGUACCAGCAACACAAGAAUGCUUUAGGUUUUCAUUGUGAUCGGAGCCUUCUCUCUUCCCUGGUGAGCUGGAUUGUGGCGGGCAAUGUGACUCCGUCUUUUGUGGAGGGAGCUGCCACUCCGACCCAGGUUUGGUUCGCCUGGACUGUGCUUAACAUGGAGUCCAUCUUUGAAGAAGAUUCCCAGCUUCGUAGAGUUGUAGAAGGGGAAUUGGUGAUCAACCCCUCUUUUACUCCUGAUCAGGCACUUAAGAAAGCCCAGGCUCAGUUGAAGCUGCCCAUCAUUCCGUCCCUCCAGAGGCUUUUGAUUUAUCGCUGGGCUCAUCAGGCUCUCGUCACACCUUCUGAUCACCCUCUCCUACCUCUCAUUUGGCAAAAAUUCUUUCUCCUUUACUUUCACCGACCGGGACCUCAGUAUGGGUUACCGGUGGACGGCUGCAUCGGAAGGAGGUUUUUUCAAAGCCUGGCCCAAGUCAGUCUACUGAAGGAAAUGAAAAGACGCCUGAUCGAGGUUGCUGACUUCCAUCACAUGGCUAGUAAAGCCCUUCGAGCCCAGGCUUAUGCAGAGGGCAGCGAAGACCCCGACAAGGCCACCUGUCCUCCGUCGGACUCUCUGACUUCUCCCGAGCUGCACAAAGAACUCGUGAGGCUGUUCAAUGUGUUUAUCCUGUGGCUGGAAGAUGAGAAUUUUCAGAAAGGAGAUACCUAUAUUCCUUCUCUACCAAAGCAAUAUGACACCCACAGGCUAGCAAAGAUCAUGCAAAAUCAGCAGGAUUUGUGGAUGGAAUACUUGAACAUGGAACGCAUGCAUCAUGAAUUUCAGGAAACCGUCAACCUCUGGAUCCAAGUCAAACUUGAAACCCAUACAGCGGCCAGCCCUUUGUCGGUCCAGGUGAAUUUUACGGAUCCCUUGUCAGCCAAGGAAAGGAUCUUGAGUAAUUUGAAGAAGCAUGAGACUCCCUGCCCUCCUCCGCUUCUGCAAAGAAUGAAGGCUCCAGUCCCAGUCAUUUCCUCAGCCAGUCUUCUAAACCAGAGAGAAGCCAUACGACUUGUGUACAUGGACCUGAAUGUUUUACAACAACAUGCCAGAAUGGCAGCUCUGCGGGAGUCCCAGCAAGUCGCUCUGGACAGCGAACUGUUGGACACGAUCCCCAAACAGUAUGUCAACCGAGAAGAACAGAUCACUCUCCAUUUGGAGUGUCGCGGGAAUGCCAAUAAGCAGUGUCAGGGAGCAGCUGUGGUAACAGUUCAGUUUGAAGGCAAGCAUAAGAACGAAGCCGUAAGCCAGCAGCUUCACGCUUUAUGCAAAGAAGUGAAACAGCUGCAAGUAGAAGCUGCAAAACCGCCUUCGCUGAACGUGGUAGAGGCGGCCGUGCAUGCCGAGAACCUGAUUACAGCCUUAGUGAACGCCUACAAGCUGCAUCCUACACCUGGUAUUCAGAAAGUUGGCAUCGGCCUCUUCUUUGCCAUAGUAGACUAUGUGUGUGAUGAGACCCAACGGAAUCCUCCUACAAGGCAAUUCUUUACCUCAUGCAUUGAGAUCUUGGGCCAAGUGUUUAUCAGUGGCACCAAAUCAGAAUGUAAACGGGUGCUCGAAACUGUUCUGAAGAAUAGAAGACUAUGCACUCUGCUGUCUCCCUACUUCACACCAAUUGCUGCUCCAGCAGAGUUCAUCAACUUGUAUGAAAAAGUGGUGAAGUUUCUAAGCGAAGACAACAGCGAUGUGAUUUUCAUGCUACUAACCAAGUUUGACGUCAAGCAGUGGUUAAACUCCACUAAACCUUCUCUGUCUGAUCGCACUAAGCUCCUGGAGUCCAUUCACCUGGCUCUUACUGCUUGGGGUCUUGAGCCAGAGGAAGACAUUCUGAUGCCAUUUAAUAUUUUCUGUAAGCAUUGGACGUACCUCCUCCUCUACCAGUUUCCUGACCAGUACAGUGAUAUUCUAAGACUGCUCAUGCAAAGUUCCGCCGAGCAACUGCUAAGUCCUGAGUGCUGGCGGGCGACUCUUAGAGCUCUGGGCUGCUACUCUGUGGAGAGUAAGGAGGAUGGCUACCAGAGAGCUUCAGGGGAGAGCACGGCGCUUCAGAGCACUCCUGAUGUUCUCUUGUCAGAUGAACAGGUAAUGGAGACUGUUCAGUGGCUUUCGGAUUUUUUCUUGAAAUUGCGGUUAUCCAAGUUGGAUUUUAAAAGCUUUGGGCUCUUCUCCAAAUGGAGCCCCUACAUGGAGGGGGUGAGGAAAUUAUUGAAGUAUCUCGUAAAAAGGCUGAUCAACUCCGAAGUUGCUCACUUGGCACACGAUCCAGUUGGCAACAGCAGAGCUUUGCCAGUGUUGAGAUCGCUGCAUUCAAUGAUUAUUAAGCUCUUUACACCGUGGAUCCUGGUUUUAGAAGAUAGUGAUGCCAGUCACCAGCGCUGCUACCCCUGGUUGGAGAGCGAUGCCGUGGCGGCCUUGAGCAUGGUGCAGUUGUUCACUGGCUGUAUCGAGGCUCUGCACCAAAGCUUUAAAGAUAAACUUUCUCCAGGUGACCAAGGAGUCCUUCGGUUCCAUUUGAUGCAUUACUGUGAAUCAUGCACAGCCCCCCAAAUGCCAGAGUUCAUUCUGUAUGCUUUCCAUAGUGAAUACAGGAAACUUCCAUGGAGAGAGCUACAACCAGACCAGAUGCUUAUGGAAGCGUUCUUUAAAGUGGAAAGAGGCAGUCCUAAGAGCUGCUUCUUAUUCCUGGGCUCCAUUUUAUGCCAAAUCAACUGGGUUAACAUACUGUCUGAUGCCUGGAAUCCCAGUCCUCGCCCAGAAACACGCCAUCUGAUCGUCUGUCUCCUUUUUAUGAUGAUCUUAUUAGCAAAGGAAGAUCAGCUAGUGAGCCAAGAAGAGUCCCCCCUGCUCAGCCUCCUUGGCCAGGCAAGCUCCGUUUCCUGGCAUCUUGUGGACACUGUAUCGUACCAAAGCGUCCUCGGCUAUUUCAGCAGCCACUAUCCACCUUCUAUCAUCUUGACAAAAGAAUCGUCCUCUGAAUUGAUAAUGAAGCUCUUAAAAGCAUCGGCAGGCUUCAACGUCUCUUCCGAUGGCCAAGCACAUCUGGAUGCCACUCCGAAAUGCCAAGCGUUCAUCCACCAGGCGGUUCAGUUCCUCAGCACUCUGGAACAGAAUGGGAAAAUCACUUUUGCCCAAUUAGAACAAGAAAUGUCAAAGCUCUUUGAUGACAUCGUGGUCUUUAACCCACCAGACACGGAAAGCCAGACCCGCCACAUGGCUCUCAGCAGCCUCUUCAUGGAAGUCCUAAUGAUGAUGAACAACGCCAGCAUUCCCACGGCUGAGUUUCUGCGGGGGAGUGUGCGGAGUUGGAUCGCCAGGAAGGUGCACGGCCCACAGGUGCUGCCCCUGCUGACAGCUGCUUGCCAGAGCCUGGCGUCUGUCAGACACAUGGCCGAGACCGCCGAAGCCUGCAUCACCGCAUACUUCGAGGACGACUCCCUCAACUCUGAGUUGGGAUGGGGUCCCAUCCUGGUGUCCCUUCAACUUCCCGAACUCACCAUCGACGAAUUUCUGCAAGAAUGUUUGUCUCUUGGAAGUUACCUGACCCUUUACGUCUACAUGUUGCAACGCUUAAACACUGAGCAGACGCUAACCAAUGAGAUGAAAGUAUUGUUAACCUUAGGCAGAUGGUUGGAACAAGUAUAUCCAAGCUCCAUGAAAGAGGAAGCAAAGCUAUUUCUGUGGUGGCACCAAGCUCUGCAGUUAUCCCUGAUCCAGACAGAGCAGAACGAUACUAUCUUGAUGGAGUCCGUCAUUCGUACCCUGCUUCUGCUGCAGACUAGGCUGAACCAGGUGGCCGAGGAGAGGCUGAGCUCUGGAAUCCUGGGUGCAAUUGGAUUAGGCAGGAAAUCUCCCAUGUCCAACAGGUUCCGUGUGGUCGCUCGUGGUCUCGCUGCUUUUCUCUCAGUACAAGUUCCCACAGAGGAUCAGAUUCGUCUGAAACCUGGGACUGAAUUACAUUUGUCCCAGAAAUCUCAGCAGGCACUGAAUGCACUUGAAGCUAUGACCUCAUGCAAGCCGUACUUGGAAUAUCAGGAUCAAAUCUCCCAGGCCUCCCAGUUUAUCAAGCACCCCGGCCAUUGCCUCCGAGAUGGGAAAAACUUCUUGGCUCUUCUCCUUAACUCUCUCUAUCCGGAAGUGCAUUAUUUGGAUAUUAUACGAUAGCAGCGUCGAAGCCCCCAGGACUUUGUGCCCUGCCCUGGAACUCUUGAAGUUUACAUUUGACGUUAUUGUUGCACAAGAAACUUUGAUUGUCCAAGGUCCCCUUGGGAACUGAGAGCAGGUCAUGAAGGAGGGAUGGAAAGAGAGAGUGGAUGCUGGACAGGUGUGCUGUGUGCAUGUGUAUGUAUGUGCGUGUGCCUGUGGGUGCGUGUGCGCACAUGUGCACACAUGCCUCCGAGUGAAAGAGAGAGAGAGAGAUCCUACCUGGAAAUUCAGAGAACUAUUCAGUUUUUUUCUGGUAAACCCAGAUUGACUCACUGUAGUAGUGUCAUGGAACGAAGCCAGAGGGCAUAGCAGCUGAGCCAGAUAAUCUCCCAAUAAUUUAGGAGAGGCCACUUAAUAUCUCCUUUUUUUUUCUUCUUAUUUGGAUAUCAAUAUUCCCUUGCUAGAAUCAACCUCCACCUCAGUAGACUGUCAUAUGCCUGUAUAAUAGCACUUAAAUCCGCAACUGUUCGUUUCCAAAAUGUCAUCCACUGCAUUGGACCCCCAGAUUGGAAGUAGAUAACGGAUGUGUCGGAUCUACCCCUGGCAUCCGACUGCCGCCCUUUGAUGGAACAGCUCUUCGCCAUUCAUACCAAAGAGAAGAAAAGUUAGUAAUCAUCUGCAUUUUGUAUCCACGUACUGAGAACGUACCCUCAGCAAGGCAGAAGCCGAAUUCAACAGUGAAAGGAUUCGUCAUGUAACUCAGCAUCAAUCCCCGCUUUCCAUAGACUUGAAGGUCAUUGCAUUUUCCCUGUUUCUGUGCAUUAAAUUAUUGGGGGAAACCAAA